AUUCAAAAUCGUCAUCUACAACAUUAAUUGAAAAUUAUAAUAAAAUGAAUACAAAUUAACUCCUUUUUCAUGCUUACAUAAGCAAUAACGCACUACCAUCCAAGUCCACCCACUGUUUAAAUAAUGUGCAAAAGAAGUAAAACCUUUACAAGACUAUCAAUGGCUACCGCUGACCACCACAAUGCCAUCGAAAAAACUUCUGUUAUCGUGGUCAUUGUACCAUUCCCGGUACACAGCCAUUCGAACCAGCUCUUGCAACUCUCCGCUCUCAUCUCUUCCUACAACGUACCAGUUCAUUACGCUGGCUCUGCUUCCGAUAAUUCUCAGGUCAGAGCUCGAGCUUCUCAUGGUUUGAAUCUCUCAGAAAUCCAUUUCCAUGACUUCCCAAUUCCUCCUUUUGUCCCCCAUCCAACCAAAAUUCCCACCGAGAAAUUCCUUCUGCCAUAUUUCCAUGCCGUCGAACAGCUUCGCGAACCGGUUGGUGAUCUUCUUCGUGAUCUUUCAACAAAAGCAGAGAGAAUCAUCGUUAUACAUGAUUCUAUAUCUUCUUCUGCAGUACAAGAUGUAAGUUCUAUUAAAAAUGCAGAGUCCUAUACUUUCCAAGCCACUACUGCGUUUAGUAUUCUGUGCUUUGUUUCUUUGGAAUUUGGGAGUAAGUUCCUUCCAAUUCCAAAAGAAGCUGAAAUUGUUAGUAGUGACAACCCAAUUGAGAUUCCAUCAACUGAAGGAGCUUUUAGUUACGAAACUGCAAAUUUCAUCGCUAACCAACAGCAAUUUAUGAGAUAUGCAGUCGGAGAUCUCUACAAUGGUUGCAGAUUGAUAGACGGUGCUUUCCUUGACCAUUUUGUCAAGAAUAUACAGAACAAUAUUAAAAAGGCUUGGUCAAUUGGGCCUUUACACCAGUAUGCAAAAACAGAGAAUGGAAUUGGAAACUCCAUUAAUGGCAGAGAUAAAUGCUUGGAGUGGCUGGAAAAACAAGAACCAGACUCUGUCUUGUACAUAUCUUUCGGAACCACGAUUUACAUGGCAGAUCAUGAUCGGCAGCUCAAAGAACUUGCAAUUGCGUUGGAACGAAGCGAGACUAAAUUCAUUUGGGUAUUUAGAUCAGAUGCAGAUAAUAAGAAAGAAGAAGAAAUACUACCACAGGGUUUCGAGGAGAGAGUGAAAGGAGUGGGAAUGGUGGUGAAAGAUUGGGCUCCACAGCUUGAAAUUCUGAACCACCCAUCAACAGGUGGGUUUUUGAGCCACUGUGGAUGGAACUCGACCUUGGAGAGCAUUAGCUAUGGAGUUCCUGUGGCGGCUUGGCCAUUGCAUUCGGACCAACCCAUGAAUGCUCUGUUCAUAACAGAGGUACUUAAAACUGGUGUGAAUGUAAAGGAAUGGGCACGCAGAGACCAAGUGGUGAGCUCGUCGGAAAUUAGCAAGGUUUUGAGGAGAUUAAUGGGUUCGGAAGAAGGAGAUGAGAUAAGGAAGAGGGCUAAAGAGUUGGGUGCCAAAGUUCGAAGUGCUACUGAUGAUGGUGGAGUUUCUCGAUUGGAAUGCGAUUCUUUCAUUGCCCAUAUUACUAGAUAGAGCAUGGAUUUAUAUAUGUGAAACAUAUUCAAACUUGUAAUCAAUCAAACGAUCUGUGUGUGUCCAUCUUUAUAGGGAGUAGUAUUCAAACCUCUGUUUUCUAGGUGUGAAAGUCUCAAAGUGCUUUACCAAUUCAUCUGUUGGCGCAUGGGCAACUUUUGUUUGUGUUGAUCCAGCUGCUUUCUUGCAGCUUCUUCUGUUUGUAUUUCAAUUGAAAAUUGCUUAAUAUAUUUCGUGCAAAUGCUCUGUGAGUUUUUAUUUUGGCUAGAGAAA